CGCGGCCCCGCCAGCGCGGCCCGGCGGCGGCGGCGGCAGAUCUGUCCAUACUAAUGGAAAUGUAGCUGGAACCGACUCUGAUGAUAAUAUCAAGUACCACCAGGCGAGAUUAUGCAGUAAGAAUCUUUGUUUCCAAAUGAAGGCACCAACCUUCAGAAUUUCUACGUAUUCUAAGUUAUUUGCAUAAUUAUCCUUAAAUGAAGUGAGGGUAAAGACACUUAGCAUCAUCUCUGGAAAACAUCAUUACCCCAUUCGCUUGGAAGCUACCCUCCUGAGCACUAAAUUUCACCGUAUUUGUUUUGUGGACUCAUUAUGAACAAAGCCGUCUCCCAGGUGUGAAGUUUUUCAACAUGAGUGGCCUCGGGGACAGUUCAUCCGACCCUGCUAACCCAGACUCACAUAAGAGAAAAGGAUCGCCAUGUGACACACUGGCAUCAAGCACUGAAAAGAGGCGCAGGGAGCAAGAAAACAAAUAUUUAGAAGAGCUAGCUGAGUUAUUGUCUGCCAACAUCAGUGACAUUGACAGCUUGAGUGUAAAACCAGACAAAUGCAAGAUUUUGAAGAAAACAGUAGAUCAGAUACAGCUAAUGAAGAGAAUGGAACAAGAGAAAUCAACAACUGAUGAUGAAGUACAAAAAUCAGACAUCUCCUCGAGUAGUCAAGGAGUGAUAGAAAAGGAAUCCUUGGGACCUCUUCUUUUGGAGGCUUUGGAUGGAUUUUUCUUUGUUGUGAACUGUGAAGGGAGAAUUGUAUUUGUGUCAGAAAAUGUGACCAGCUACUUGGGUUACAAUCAAGAGGAAUUAAUGAAUACCAGUGUCUACAGCAUACUGCAUGUAGGGGAUCAUGCAGAAUUUGUGAAAAACUUGCUACCAAAAUCACUAGUAAAUGGAGUUCCUUGGCCUCAAGAGGCAACCCGACGAAAUAGCCAUACUUUUAACUGUAGGAUGCUAAUUCACCCUCCUGAUGAACCAGGCACCGAGAACCAAGAAGCUUGCCAGCGGUAUGAAGUAAUGCAGUGUUUCACUGUGUCACAGCCAAAAUCAAUUCAAGAGGAUGGAGAAGACUUCCAGUCUUGUUUGAUUUGUAUUGCACGGCGAUUACCUCGGCCUCCUGCCAUCACAGGAGUAGAAUCCUUUAUGACCAAGCAAGAUACUACAGGUAAAAUCAUCUCUAUUGAUACGAGUUCCCUGAGAGCUGCUGGCAGAACUGGCUGGGAAGAUUUAGUGAGAAAGUGCAUUUAUGCUUUUUUUCAGCCUCAGGGCAGAGAGCCAUCUUAUGCCCGACAACUAUUUCAAGAAGUGAUGACUCGUGGCACUGCCUCCAGCCCCUCCUAUAGAUUCAUAUUGAAUGAUGGGACAAUGCUUAGCGCCCACACCAAGUGUAAACUUUGCUACCCUCAAAGUCCAGACAUGCAACCUUUCAUCAUGGGAAUUCAUAUCAUCGACAGGGAACACAGUGGGCUUUCUCCUCAAGAUGACACUAAUUCUGGAAUGUCUAUUCCCCGAGUAAACCCUCCCAUCAAUCCUGGCAUCUCUCCAGCUCACGGUGUGGCCCGUUCAUCCACAUUGCCGCCAUCCAACAGCAACAUGGUAUCCCCCAGAGUCAGCCGCCAGCAGAGCUCAGACCUGCAUAGCAGCAGUCAUAGUAAUUCUAGCAACAACCAAGGGAAUUUUGGAUGCUCACCUGGAAAUCAGAUUGUAGCCAGUGUUGCCUUAAACCAGGGACAGACCAGUUCCCAGAGCACUAAUUCCUCCUUAAACCUCAAUAAUUCUCCUAUAGAAGGUACAGGAAUAUCCCUCGCACAGUUCAUGUCUCCAAGACGACAAGUUAGUUCUGGAUUGGCAGCAAGGCCCAGGAUGCCAAAUAAUUCAUUUCCUCCUAAUAUUCCCACAUUAAGCUCCCCCGUUGGCAUGACAAGUACUGCCUGUAAUAAUAGUAACCGAUCUUAUUCAAACAUCCCAGUAACAUCUCUACAGAGUAUGAAUGAAGGACCCAAUAACUCCGUUGGCUUCUCUUCUAGUUCUCCAGUCCUCAGGCAGAUGAGCUCACAGAAUUCACCUAGCAGAUUAAAUAUACAGCCAGCAAAAGCUGAGUCCAAAGAUAACAAAGAGAUUACAUCCAUUUUAAAUGAAAUGAUUCAGUCUGACAACAGCUCUAAUGAUGGCAAACCUCUGGAUUCUGGACUUCUGCAUAACAGUGACAGACUCUCAGAUGGAGAUAAUAAAUAUGCUCAAACCAGUCACAAACUAGUGCAGCUUUUGACAACAACUGCAGAGCAGCAGUUACGGCAUGCUGAUAUAGACACAAGUUGCAAAGAGGUGCUUUCUUGCACAGGCACUUCCAGCUCCACUUCUGCUAAUUCUUCAGGUGGCUCUUGCCCCUCCUCUCAUAGCUCACUGACAGAGCGCCACAAAAUUCUACACCGACUGUUACAGGAGGGUAGCCCCUCGGAUAUCACCACUUUGUCUGUUGAGCCUGAUAAAAAGGACAGUGCAUCUACUUCUGUGUCAGUGACUGGACAGGUACAAGGGAACUCCAGUAUAAAACUAGAACUGGAUGCGUCAAAGAAAAAAGAAUCAAAAGACCAUCAGCUCCUGCGCUACCUUUUAGAUAAAGAUGAGAAAGAUUUAAGAGCAACCCCAAACCUGAGCCUUGAUGAUGUUAAGGUGAAAGUGGAAAAGAAAGAACAGAUGGAGCCUUGUAACACAAACCCAACUCCAUUGACUAAACCUGCUCCUGAGGAAAUAAAAUUGGAGUCCCAAAGCCAGUUUGCAGCUGAUCUUGACCAGUUUGAUCAGUUAUUGCCCACGCUGGAGAAGGCAGCACAGUUGCCAGGCUUAUGUGAGACAGACAGGAUGGAUGGUGCGGUCACCAGUGUAACCAUCAAAUCGGAGAUCCUGCCAACUUCACUUCAGUCCACCACUGCCAGACCCACUUCCAGGCUGACUAGAUUACCUGAGCUGGAAUUGGAAGCAAUUGAUAACCAGUUUGGACAAACAGGAACAGGUGAUCAGAUUCCAUGGGCAAAUAAUACAGUGACAGCUGUAAAUCAGAAUAAACCAGAAGACCAGUGUAUUAGUUCACAAUUAGAUGAGCUUCUCUGUCCACCAACAACAGUAGAAGGAAGAAAUGAUGAGAAGGCUCUUCUUGAACAGCUGGUAUCUUUCCUUAGUGGCAAAGAUGAAACUGAGCUAGCUGAACUAGACAGAGCUCUGGGAAUUGACAAACUUGUUCAGGGAGGUGGAUUAGAUGUAUUAUCAGAAAGAUUUCCUCCACAACAAGCAACACCACCUUUGAUGAUGGAAGAAAGACCCAACCUUUAUUCCCAGCCUUAUUCUUCUCCUUCACCCACUGCCAAUCUCUCUAGCCCUUUCCAGGGUAUGGUCAGACAAAAACCUUCAUUGGGGACUAUGCCUGUUCAAGUAACACCUCCCCGAGGAGCUUUUUCACCUGGCAUGGGCAUGCAGCCCAGACAAACUCUAAACAGACCUCCCGCUGCACCCAACCAACUUCGUCUUCAACUCCAACAGCGAUUACAGGGACAACAGCAGUUAAUACACCAAAAUCGGCAAGCUAUCUUGAACCAGUUUGCAGCAACUGCUCCUGUUGGCAUCAAUAUGAGAUCAGGCAUGCAGCAGCAAAUUACACCUCAGCCACCUCUGAAUGCCCAAAUGCUGGCACAGCGCCAGCGGGAGUUAUACAGUCAACAGCACCGACAGCGGCAGCUAAUACAGCAGCAAAGAGCCAUGCUCAUGAGACAACAGAACUUUGGGAACAACCUCCCUCCCUCAUCUGGACUGCCAGUUCAAAUGGGGAACCCCCGUCUUCCUCAGGGUGCUCCACAGCAAUUCCCCUACCCACCAAACUAUGGUACAAAUCCAGGAACUCCACCUGCUUCCACCAGCCCAUUUUCACAACUGGCAGCAAAUCCUGAGGCAGCCUUGGCCAACCGCAAUAGCAUGGUGAACAGAGGCGUGGCAGGGAACAUGGGAGGACAGUUUGGCACUGGAAUCAGUCCUCAGAUGCAGCAGAAUGUCUUCCAGUAUCCAGGAUCAGGAAUGGUUCCCCAAGGUGAGACCAACUUUGCUCCAUCUCUAAGCCCUGGUAGCUCCAUGGUGCCGAUGCCAAUUCCUCCUCCUCAAAGUUCUCUGCUCCAGCAAACUCCACCUGCUUCUGGGUACCAGUCACCAGACAUGAAGGCCUGGCAGCAAGGAGCAAUGGGAAACAACAAUGUGUUCAGUCAAGCUGUCCAGAACCAGCCCACACCUGCGCAGCCAGGAGUGUACAACAACAUGAGCAUCACUGUGUCCAUGGCAGGGGGAAACACAAAUGUUCAGAACAUGAACCCAAUGAUGGGCCAGAUGCAGAUGAGCUCUUUGCAGAUGCCUGGAAUGAAUACUGUGUGCCCAGAGCAGAUAAAUGAUCCAGCACUGAGACACACAGGCCUCUACUGCAACCAGCUGUCAUCCACUGACCUUCUCAAAACAGAAGCAGAUGGAACCCAGCAGGUGCAACAGGUUCAGGUGUUUGCUGACGUCCAGUGUACAGUGAAUCUGGUAGGCGGGGACCCUUACCUGAACCAGCCUGGUCCACUGGGAACUCAAAAACCCACGGCAGGACCACAGACCCCCCAGGCCCAGCAGAAGAGCCUCCUUCAGCAGCUACUGACUGAAUAACCACUUUUAAAGGAAUGUGAAAUUUAAAUAAUAGACAUACAGAGAUAUACAAAUAUAUUAUAUAUUUUUCUGAGAUUUUUGAUAUCUCAAUCUGCAGCCAUUCUUCAGGUCGUAGCAUUUGGAGCAAAAAAAAAAAGAGUUCACUUUUGUUGGGAGAUUGAGAGAUGUUUUUGUUUCUUUGUAAAGGCCUUGGAUAUCGAAAAAAAUAACAAGGCAGAACAGUUGGACAAUCUAUUUCUUGAGCCAAAUUUAAUUAUUCUUAUUUUUGUAAUCAGUCAUUGGCUUCUUAUCUGGAUGAAGGCUUUUGGAGGAGAACCAAAACAAGUUCCAAGGGGGAAGAUGAUGCUCCGCCUCCACUGGCUCAGUCCGACCCUGCCGAGGAAGACGGUCUGGUGGGGCUCUCCCCCUGCCUGUCCAUCACCGGCCAUCACGGGUCUCUAAAUCAGCAGCCCUUCGCUUCCUGACCCAGGCAGCUUGUGUGUACAAUCAGCUUCUUCUAGCAACUCUGUAUCUGUUGGCUUCAAGACAAUAUUUUGCCUCCACAUAUAUACCCCUUCUCCUUUUUUUAAAGAUGGAUUUAAACCACGAUGCCUCCAGGAACGAGGACAAAAUGAGUAUAAUCAUAGAGGAAUCCAAAAAAUACAGUUUGGGGGAAAAUGCAAUAAUUUUGAUGAGGUUGGUGAAGGACAAGAAGCGAGUUAUGUCAAUUAUUGUAGAUACCUUUUCUGAUUAAAUCUGGGGGGAAAAAAGGCAGCCUGUUCUUUCUGCUUUUAUUGUAUUAACAGCUGAGGUAGCUAAAGUUAUUUAAAAUAAAAUUAAAUUUAUGAUCCUAGUAGCUUAUUUUUCCCUUUAAAUCUCACUGUAAAUAUAUUUGAUUUCUUGUAGAAGUUGAUUUCCAUCUGUUAAUUUUAAGAUUUUAUUAUCAUACUCUUCAUUUUUCUAAAUAUGUGUGUGAAAUAUAACAUUGAUUGAAUUGCAGUUACAUUUGGCUAAUAAUAUUUCAUUAUUUUAAUAACUGUGACAUCAUGUUAUGGAUUUACUUUGGGGUUCAAAUAAAAAUGCCACUGCCAGAAAGAGCUAUUCUGAUGAGCUAGAGCACACCGCCCUAGAAUGUCCCUGGGAUCAUCUAACUUGAGAGCAGUGCAAGGAAUUAUCACCAGAAGUGCACAGGCUACUUGUACCGAAAAAAACUAGCACUCAAAGAAGUCUUCAAUUUUUUUAAAUUGACUUUGGGAAUUUGAAUUUUCAUCAGUGCAAACAUAAAUUUCUCUAUUCUGCUCUGAGGCGAAUUGGUACUAUAUUUUACCUUUGUGUCUUGUCACUCGGCCACAUCCUGUUUCAUCCUGGCCUCUGAGUCAAGGACCCAGUGAACUGACUUUCUAGUUCUAGAAGUUCAACUGCAAGGCCAGGAAAGCUUGCGAAGGGUACUGUGGAAGAAGCAAAGGUAGAGCCCCAUCAUUCGCCUUUACCUGUGCCCCUGGGCCUGUGUUGAUGACAACACCUGACGUUGUGCACCAGCUACCUCUGCUUCCACGGCAGAGAAAAGGCCAUAAGAACUAACAACGGAAGAGGAGCAUGGACUCAGACAUCAAGGAAGAAGCCAUUUUCCCAGUUCCUCCUUUCUGCAUCUCACCACCCCUAGUUACAGAUAACUCCAUUGAACAGCAUCUAUUCAGAAACUACACCGAAUAAAAAGAUUGGUGGAAGGGCUCGUGUGGGUAGCAACUAUGAAACAGAAAUAGGACACUCAGUUACAAACAUUAUCUCUUUAAGUUUCUCAGAAACUGCAUCCCUGAUUUCAUUCAUUCCCAGCUUGAAAGCUCAGCCAUAUUACUCUGGUCCCUACCAAACUGCUCUAGGAGGUCAUUUCUGUUUUGUUUGUGAUAUUUAGUCGUGCAGACUUCAGGAAGUCCACUUUUAACUUCAGCAUUCCAAAUGAAGUUUCCUGACUCAGUACUUUUGCAUAAGGAACUAGAAAAAAAAAAAGGUAAGGAAAAUUGGAGAUGCUAACAUCCUCCCCAUCCCAACUGCACCUUAAAGUAUGCAUGUCACCUUCAAGGUUUUAUAAUUGCACUGUUUGUUUUAUGUAUGUACAGAUUAAAAUUAUUGCUACAUUUGAGGAAAAUAAAAUUGCUUGCUUCUAUGUAAUUCCUGUCACUCUACAGGAAAUUAACUUUUCCAGCUACUGAAUAGAAUUUGUUUAACAACCUCAUGGGUUGCCUCUUCAUUUACAGGGAAGAACUGAAACCUACCUCCUGCAGGAGUUGCCACAACCCAUAAAGACAAAUGAGUAAUUCAAGGGUAAUAAAAGAAAGGAAGCCAAAAUCCUCUAGUUCACCCUUUUAUGAACCAUCCCAGUGAAACUUAGCCCAAAUGAAGUCAUGAUAGAGGAAAUUCUAACUUUGGCCAUUUGUCUGAUGAUGAAAUGCUCUGGUCCUGCUGUUUCUUCACCCAGAAGACCUGAUUCAGGCAGCACUUCAUAGAUACCAGAUACCACCCAUGUGUCUCUCCUUCAUUGGUUUUCAUGUACUGAUAUUUGCUAUUAUUACAGAUUAUAAAGAUGUGGGAUCUAACCUGAAGAGGCGCCUUCAGUUUGGAGAUGCAUUUUAUAAAAUCCUGGCCCUGGCAGCCUAAAUCCACCAACACAUGGCCUAGGAGGAUAAGCAAAUGCGAUUCUAGAGGGCAGGGGAAGAUGUAUAUCCCACACACAUUCUGACACAUAACUGCACACAGAUUUGGGCAGUUGCUGUCUGAACUCAUGAGGGAACAAAACCUUUUUCCUUAAAGUUAGAAUGAGGUAAAAAUGAUACCUCUCUGAGAUGUAUGCUGAUUUAAACUUAUCCUCUGGGGUAGGGAGGCCAUUAGAAAAAUAACCAGAAGCAAUUGAGGAAAAAGUGGGAUUGAUAUAAAGAAACUUCAUCAUCUUUAUGGUUUGCCUAAAAUAGGUUCCUGCCUAAAAAUUCUCUCCUGGGCCCUGACAAGGAAAGAAUGGACAAUUGUCUGCUUACAAACGAAGUUGUGCUGAUUUCCUUGUUGACUUUAACUGUUCUUCCCAGAAGAGCAGCUCCACUUGAAUCAAGUGAAUAAUUAGAGCAAGCUUGAUCCAUGACCAUUCCUGUACCUCUGGAAAAUAUCUUGAUGAUUUUAAUUAAGCCUAUAAAUUCUUUUUAUUAGGGAAAACUGCCAAAGGAAGCAUUCCUCCAUCCAGAACCUUUUUUGCCAGCACUAAAUUAGUUUCCUUUAUAUAUUUUCUUUUCAUUGCCUCAAGAGCUUUUAAGAUUGAAGAAAUGCAAACCUCUGACCUCAUUCACGCAUUCAGCACAUUUUACUGUUGUUAUCCAAGGCACUCGGGAUGUGGGAGGAUCCAGGCAUGGACCCUGCCCUCUCAGAGCACAGAUCCCAUAGAAAGAGAGGCUUACAUGGUAACAAUCACAAUUGGAUUAAAUGGCAUAAAGUAUAAAGGAGAGUUAGACAUUUCUUUGGGAGUGAAACCCUGUCUGAACCAUCGAGGAAGGUUUCCCUGAGGGAAAAAUGGUAUUUGCAGUGAGAUUUGCAGGAUGGUGAGGAAGUAGCUCAGUGAAAAGAGGGUGAGAAGAUUCAAUGGAACAGCACACGUGAAGGCCUGGAGAUAGGAAAGGGCCCCAGAGAACUAGUUUUUUAAAUUGUUACCCAGUGUUCUCAGAAACGUUAUUAGACAUGUCAGCCCAUGGAAUGGAGUGAUUUCAGUCAGUCUUUGGCACUAGGAGAAACGUGAACUAGACUUUGUUACUGUCAGUGGGAGAUUGAACCAGUCAAUAGCUAAGGUAUUUUUCAUAACUACCCCUAUUCAGCCAGAAGGACAUGUUCUCUAUCUUUUACACAGUAAUCUGUUACAGCACAUACAGUGUUUAAAUAAAUUUGUACUGUAACAAUUUGUAACAUGCUUGUAAGUACAAGGUCUCAUUGAAUCUGCGGGCCUUUGAGAGAGUUGUCAGAGGAAAAAAACUAAAAGUUUAUGACACAAACAUGUUUGAUGGUGGAACUGGGACUUGAAAGAAGUCUUCUAAUUCUAACUUCAGAUGAUUCGCUAUCCUAUGGUAUGCUUUAGGACUGAUUUGGAGUUUGCAGACUGAUCUCUGACCUGUUUUCUUACAUGAAAUAAGUUUUAGAAACAGGCUAUGAUAAGAGGGGUGAGAACUCAAGAACACAGAUGAGGGGACCCAACCCCUCUCUGCAGGCAGGAGAGCCCUGUGGAGACUCAAGUGAGUGAGCUUUGGCAUGAGGUGGGCAGGGUGUGCUCUACAGCUUUGGGAGUGGCAUUCUGUCCCUAUAGAUCUAACGGGAAAUGUAGAAAUGGAAGUAAAACCCCAGUGUCAGCUUAAAAAAAAAAAUUGGAAAAUAUAGAUUCCUGCAGGGCAGAUAAAAAACAACUGACAGAGGGUCCUCUUUAUGAGGCAGUGGAAUUUAGCCCUACAGUUCCCCCCUAGGAUUUUGGAGUUCUUGGAUCAGAUCAUGGAAGCAUUCACUUUUCUCUGACUUUUAAUCCUUCAUUGUCUUUCCCCUUUGCUAGACUUUGGCUUUGUGAUCAUUUGUGCUUGUCGCAGAACUUUGGCACUUUGUGCAACCAGCAAGACUAAGCAGUGCCCAAGGGCAUCCAGGGCAAACCUGAAGACAGUGACCUGAGAAAGAAGAACUAAAGUGUUAGGAGGAAUUUCAGUUCCACCAGGCAUUCCUCCUGAUCCAAUGCCCUCAGGUGCUAAGGUGCAGAAUAAAACAAAAAGCCUCAGACCAAGGUUUUGAGAUUCCAUUUUUUUGAUGCGCUGUUACAGUACACGCUCUAACAGACAGCAUGGGAAGCACAGAGGGCACCUGC